ACACGGACGCGGAGGCGACGGGCGAAGCCUCGGGAUGGACGUUACGGUCUCGGAGCUCAUGGAGCUCUUUCUGCAGAGCCCGCUGGUGACUUGGGUGAAAACUUUGGGCCCAUUCGGAAGCGACAACCUGACUAUGUACAUGGAUUUAGUGGACGGCAUCAUUUUGAACCAAAUCAUGCUGCAAAUAGACCCCAGGCCUACAAAUCAACGCAUCAACCAGCACGUCAACAACGAUGUGAACCUUCGAAUUCAGAACUUGACCAUCCUGGUGAGAAACAUUAAGACCUACUACCAGGAAGUUCUCCAGCAACUGAUCGUAAUGAACUUGCCCAAUGUUUUGAUGAUUGGCAAAGACCCCCUGUCUGGGAAGAGUAUGGAGGAAAUCAAGAAGGUGCUGUUGCUGGUGCUGGGCUGUGCUGUCCAGUGUGAGAGAAAAGAGGAGUUUAUUGACAGAAUCAAACAGCUGGACAUUGAGACCCAGGCUGGGAUUGUGGCCCAUAUCCAGGAGGUCACCCACAACCAGGAGAACGUCUUCGACCUGCAGUGGUUGGAGGUUCCGGACGUGGCCCCGGAGGAGCUGGAGGCCCUCUCGAGGAACAUGGUGUUUCACCUCAGGAGGCUCAUAGAUGAGCGAGAUGAAUGCACGGAGAUGAUCGUGGACCUGACUCAGGAGCGGGACUACCUCCAGGCACAGCAGCCGCCCAGCCCCCUCAAGUCCUCCAGCGCCGAGUCCACACCCAGCCCGACCAACAGCCUCUCCAGCGAGGACAAGCAGCACCUGGCCGUGGAGCUUGCGGACACCAAGGCCAGGCUGCGCCGGGUCAGGCAGGAGCUGGAGGAGAAGACAGAGCAGCUCGUGGACACCAGGCAUGAGGUAGAUGAGCUGGUGCUGGAGCUGCAGAAAGUCAAGCAAGAGAACGUCCAGCUGGCGGCCAGCGCCCGGUCUGCUCGCGCCUACCUCGAUGAGCUGGACUCCCUGAGGGAGAGGGGGAGCCGCGUGGAGAGGCUGGAGGCGGAGCUGACGCGUUUCAGGGAGAAGCUGAAAGAUGCAGACUUCUACAAGGCCCGCAUGGAGGAGCUGAGAGAAGAUAAUUUCACUUUAAUUGAUACCAAGUCCAUUCUGGAGGAACAGCUGACUGCUGCUCGGGCCCGGGUGGACAAACUGUAUGAGCUGGAGAAAGAAAACCUGCAGCUGAAAUCGAAGCUUCAUGACCUGGAAUUGGACCGAGACACAGAUAAGAAACGCAUCGAGGAGCUGCUGGAAGAGAACAUGGUCCUGGAGAUUGCACAGAAGCAGAGCAUGAACGAGUCAGCCCACCUGGGCUGGGAGCUAGAGCAGCUGUCUAAGGACGCAGCCCUGUCAGACGCUUCCAGGAAGUCGUUUGUGUUUGAGCUGAACGAAUGCACCUCCAGCCGUAUCCUGAAGCUGGAGAAGGAGAACCAGAGCCUCCAGAGCACCAUCCAGGGUCUGCGGGACGCGUCCCUGGCGCUGGAGGAGAGCAGCCUCAAGUGCGGGGAGCUAGAGAAGGAGAACCAGCAGCUCAGCCAGAAGGUUGAAAAGUUGCAGAUCCAGCUGGAGAAAGAAAAGCAGAGCAACCAGGAUUUGGAGACCCUCAGUGAGGAGCUGAUUAAAGAGAAUGAACAGAUGCACAGUGACAUGGAGACCCUGAAGGCUGACAAAGCCAGGCAGAUCAAGGAUCUUGAGCAAGAAAAGGAUCAUCUCAACCAAGCUGUGCAGUCACUGCGGGAGAGGUCGCAGGUCAGCAGCGAGGCCCGCAUGAAGGACAUCGAGAAGGAGAACAGAGUCCUCCACCAGACGGUGACAGAGACCGGCAGCAGACUCAGCAAGCUGGAGCUGGAGAAGCAGCAGCUGCACCGGGACCUGGAGCAGGUGAGGGAGAGGAUGGAGCGGGCAGAGGAGCUGGAGAAGGAGCUGCACCGGCUGGAGGAGGAGAAGGAGCAGCUGGCCAGGGAGGUGUCCUCCCUGACGUCGGCCACCGAGAAGGUCCAUGCCCUGGAGCGGGAGAGCCAGGGCCUGACGCUGGAGAACCGGAGGCUGCAAAAGUCUCUAGACACCCUGCAGAAUGUGUCGGUGCAGCUGGAGGGGCUGGAGCGGGACAACAAGCGGCUUGAUGAUGAGAACCUGGAGCUGCGCAGGAUGGUGGAGACCAUGCGCUUCACCAGUGCAAAGAUGGCUCAGAUCGAGAGAGAGAACCAGGAGCUUGAGCGGGAGAAGGAGGAGCUGAGGAAAAGCGUGGAGCUGCUGAACAAGAAGUCAGAGCACCUGGAGCUCAGCUACCAGAGCGUGAGCGCUGAGAACCUGCGGCUGCAGCAGACCCUGGAGAGCAGUGGCCAGAAGUCGCAGGCUCUGGGGCGAGAGCUCGGGGAGCUGGAGGCAAAAAACCAGGCCCUGCAGCGGGACCUGGAGGCCCAGCGGCUCGCCAACAAGCAGCUGGAGAUGUCCGAGAAGGAAAAGAAGGCCCUGGAGCAGGAGGUUGCCCAGCUGGAGAAAGACAAGAAGCUGCUGGAAAAGGAGGUGAAUCGGCUGUGGCAGCAGGUGGAGCUCAAGGACGCAGUCUUGGACGACGUCACCACCAAGCUGUCCACUGCCGAGAAGGAGAGCCGCGCUCUGGACAAGGAGCUGGCCCGCUGCAGGGACUCGGCCACCAAGCUGAAGGAGCUGGAGAAGGAUAACAGAGACCUCACCAAGCAAGUCGCCAUGCACACGAGGACACUGACAACCCUGGGAGAGGAGCUGGUGCUGGAGAAGCUGAAGAGCCAGCAGCUGACCAGUGAGCUGGACAAACUGAGCCAGGAGCUGGAGAAGGUUGGCCUCCACAAGGAGCUGCUGCUGCAGGGUGAUAACAGCAACAGUGACACAAAAUACAAGAUUUUGGAGGGAAGGAAUGAGUUGACGUUAAAAACAACACUGGCCAUGAAAGAAGAAAAGAUUGUGUUCUUGGAAGCACAGGUGGAAGAGAAAGCCAGCCUGAACCACCAGCUGCAGAAGGAGGUCCAGGUGCUGAAGAUGGAGUAUGAGCUCCUCAGGCAGAACCGAGAGGAGGGGAAGCACCUGCAGAACUCUUUGAAACACCCUGCGGGGACAUUGGUCGCUGGUCACCAGGAGAAGGAGAGCUGGGGGCCGAGCCACAAGGAAGCCACCCUGGAGCUGCUCCGAGUGAAGGAUAGGGCCAUCGAGCUGGAACGGAACAACGCAGCGCUGCAGGCCGAGAAGCAGCUGCUCCAAGAUCAGCUGCAGCACUUGGAGACCCAGAAUGUGGCCUUCAGCAGUCAGAUCCUGACACUGCAGAAGCAGAGCGCUUUCCUGCAGGAGCACAACACCACGCUGCAGACCCAGACGGCCAAACUGCAGGUGGAAAAUUCCACUCUGAGCUCCCAGAGCGCCUCCCUCAUGGCGCAGUACACGCUGCUCCAGAACCAGCAGGCGGCCAAGGAGAGCGAGCUUGAGAACCUGCAGAAGCAGCAGGAGCAGCUGACAGCAGCCUACGAGGCCCUGCUGCAGGACCAUGAGCGCCUGGGCGCGCUCCACGAGCACCAGUCUGUGGAGUACGAGGCCCUCAUCGGCCAGCACAGCUGCCUGAAGACGCUGCAUCGGAACCUGGAGCUGGAGCACAGGGCGCUGGGGGAGAGGCAUGAGGACAUGCUGAAACAUAAGGCAGGGCUGGAGGAGCUGGAGAAGGUCUUAAACACCGAACGGGAGGCUCUGCAGCAGGAGCAGAGGACAAACGCCAUUGCCGCCACCGAGAACCAGAGGCUUCGGGGAGAGCUGGACAGGGUCAAUUUCCUGCACCAGCAGCUGCAGGGGGAGUAUGAGGAGCUUCACGCCCACACCAAGGAGCUGAAAACCUCGCUCAACAACUCGCAGCUGGAGGUGAACCGCUGGCAGGCCCGGUGUGAUGAGCUGAAGGAGGAGCACCAGAGCAUGGACAUCUCGCUGACCAAGCUGGACCACCACUGCGAGCUGCUCUCCCGUCUCAAGGGGAACUUGGAGGAAGAAAAUCAUCACCUCGUGAGCCAGAUCCAGAUGUUGAACGAGCAGAACCAAAGGCUUCUAGAGCAGAACAUGGAGAGCAAGGAUCAGUACCAUGAGGAGCAGAAGCAGUACAUAGACAAAUUAAAUGCCUUACAGAGACAAAAGGAAAAACUAGAAGAAAAAAUCAUGGAUCAGUACAAGUUCUAUGAUCCUGCUCCAAAGAAGAAAAACCACUGGAUUGGAGCCAAAGCCUUAGUCAAAUUCAUGAAACCAAAGAAAGAAGGUUCCAGAGAACGACCAAAGUCAACUGCAGACAGCCCACCGUGGCCUCUGGAGUCCUCGGACCCGGCCUCGCCCAGUGCUUCUCAGCCUCUUAAAUCGAAGCUGGAGCCCCUCGAGGUUCCCCCAUCCUGCUCAAACUGGGUAGAAGAGCAAGACACCCACAGCGGGCCCACGGGAAAAGGCUCUGGGGACCUAAGACCAAAACGAGGGUCCCCCCACGGAGGCAGCCUUGACCGCACGGAUGCCUCCACUGACCCAGCCAUGAAGCCCUGGCCGUCAGAGCUGGGUUCCCGGACCUGCUCAUCCUCAGCCAUCACUACAACCCCUUCCAGCUCCACCCCCAUCUCCCGGCACCCAGGCCGCACCAAAGGCUAUAAUUCAGAUGACAGCCUCUGUGAGCGGUCCCUGGAGCUCAAGUUCACCAACCACAGGCAGCACGGGUCCCGGCCAGGUAGCCUAGAGAGCAGCAGGAAUGCGUCCAGUGACAGCUCCCCUCUUAACCUGAAGGGUUCUUCCGACCAGCUCCACCGCAGGUCCGAGAGCUUCAGCAGUGAAGACCUGAUACCCAGCAGGGACACAGCCACCCUGCCCCGUGAUGCCAGCAGCCCAGGGCGCACUGCCCUCAGCCGCCACGAUUACCUGCCACCCUGGAAUGGGCCUCUCCUCCAGGAGGGCAUCCAGAAGAGGGGUGUGGCCCAGCCCCAGGCCCGGGUGCGGCCCUGCGCCUCCCCGAGCAGCGAGAUGGUCACCCUGGAGGAAUUCCUGGAAGAGAGCAACCGGGGCUCCCCCGCGGCUGAAACUCCCAGCUGCCGGGAUAACCUGCUAAGUGACCUCUUCAGAAAGGCCAGUGAUCUCCCGACCCUUGGAGGCCAGCCGGGGCCACCUGCCAGGAGAGAAGGGGCCAGGAUGCCCACCAGCUUUGUGGCCCCCACCAUCAAGAUGGCUGUCAGCACCUCCGAGGGGAAGCUGCUGAAGCCGGGGCAGUGUGUGAAGCCCAGCUUGAGACCUGCUGAGGCGGAGGCCCCACCCAGUGCCCCGCUGAGGCAGGCCCAGCCUCCCCAGAGCCUGUCCCUGGGCAGAGCCCCGCAGGCCACGAUGCCCCCAGCCUCCCACACACCUGCCAGCCGGAGCGCGACCCUGAGCCGGGCCUUCAGCCUGGCCUCGGCCGACCUGCUGCGGGCCAGCGGGCCAGAGGCCUGCAAACAGGAGCCCCCACAGAAGCCGGGGGAUCCUGAGGCCUCGGGGGGCAGAGAAACAGGCAGCCACGCCCUGCAGAGCCCCACACCCCCCAGCUCCCACAGCCUGGUCCGGGAGAGGACCCCACUUAUGGGAAAGGCUGGUGGCUCCUGUCAGGGCCCGGGUCCCCGAAGCCGACCACUGGACAUGAGGCGCUUCUCACUGGCUCCCCCAAAGGAGGAGAGGCUGGCUCCCCUGCAGCAGUCGGCCACAGCCCCAGCCAUCGCCACUGGAGGUGGUGGUGGCAGCAACUCCUCGCUCCAGCACUUCUCACCUGCUACAGCCCCGGCUGCCAGGACUAAGCCCCAGACCCCCCAGCACUCAGGGGAAGUGGCCACCGUCACCCCUGUCCGAGCAGGGCUCAGCCUCUCAGAGGGCGACGGGGCCCCAGGACAGGGCCACAGAGAGGGGCUCCCUGCCAAGAGCCCGGGCAGGUCUCCCGACUUGGCUCCCCACGCCAGCCGGGCCCCUGAGGACUUCAGCCAUGGGAACAACUCGAAGAGCACACCAGCGUCCCCGGAGCCGGCUGGGGACCAGCAGACGGUGUGGUAUGAGUAUGGCUGCGUGUGACUGUCUCCUGGACCAGCAACUCCUGAGCCUUAAAACUACCGGCGCGCCUUCUGACGGCAGCCGUCCCUCCUCCUGCCUGUGGUGUCGGGAGGGGGUUUAGAAUGGGAAGGGGUUCCCGUGUCCUUCCAUUUGUUCUGUUAGAGAAAACACUGUGCCAAGCCCUAAAGGGUGACACUCCCAGGUGUGGGACACAUAUCCGUAGUCUCCAGCAACUGGUAUCUUUUGAACAAAUCCACUUUGGCCUGGGGAUGCUCGUACUGUAAGGACAAAACUGACAUCCCCAAAGCAGACACUAUUGGAGCGCCCCUUAGAACACUGCUUUGCAACUUGUUGACCUCCGUUAAAGCGUGUGUGUGUGCACGCGCAUGUGCAGACGCACAGAUGCGUGCCCGCUCACAGGGCUGAGCCCCCGUGGGUCGGAAACUCUACUCCCUCUCCCAGGAGCCAUGGGAUCCUAGGAGAAGCCCAGACCGCCAAACUACAAAGAUCUUGAGGCCCUGGGCAGACCCUAGAGUCAGGCUCACUUAACCAAGAGUGUUGCCGAGCCAGUCCUGGGGUCCCAUGUACUUCCCUUCCCCCAGGGCCAAGGUGGCCUUCCAGGCAGGUGGCUCCUAGGGCCACACUGGAACCUGCCUUCCCUGGCUCACUUUUCUGCAAACACUGGAUCUGCUGGGCCUUGGGGGUGGGGCAGAGAGAAACCCUGCCCGGCCCCCUCCCAGCAAGUGUACAUAGUGUACAGAGGGGAGUGUGUGCCAGAGUGAGGUGCACGCCUGAAUGUCCCCCAUGAUUUAUUAUUUCUGAAUAACUUGCUGUAGAAACCAAAUUUCUUUUAAUAUAUUACAUACAUGUGUACACACUCGUAAAACAUACUUUGAGGGGGAACCUCAGGGUGUCACAAAAAAAUAUAUAUAUACUUUAACAGCCGAUAACUCCUUUUCAGGUUUAACGGACUUGAAAUGACUCCUGCGUGUGCGGUCCCGUGGCUCCGCGUCACCAGCAGCGCUGGACCGGAACCGCCGCGGGGUCGCACACGCAGGAUCACUCGGUAGCUGCCCUCGAGUGGUUGACUGGCGCCGGGUUUGCACUGUAAACUUCCUUUCAUGUAUCCCCAUAAGAAAGUCUAGUGGGUAAAUUUUCUUUAUUCAAGCGUAGUCUGGCUUCAUCCAUUACUUCAAAUCAGUUAACUCAAUUUUGACUCCUUUUCAGGUUUAUCAGCUGUUAAAGUGUGUGUACGUUUUGGGGGGACACCCUAUAUUUAUGCUCCAUUGGGAGUCACUUUCCAUCAGGAGUCUUACCUGCUGCUGUGUGUAUUUGGCCAGGUUCCUGACACGUUCUGUUUCCUGUUGUUUACUAAAGGUGCUCUUCCUGGAUGUACUAAACCUGGUGAUUUUGGUUUUAUAAAGAUUUUUUCCUUUUGAGUUAAUAUACUGAGAAAGAAAUGGGAAUGUAACAUGGUUGAUUUUAGGAGCGCUUGGGGUGUGUAUUAGCCAUGGAUUUUGGACUCAAGGAUGGGGUUGUAAUAAAAUGAGGUGGAGUA